AUGCAGCUGAAGCACAUGAAGCGAGUGGACGUGGUCAUUGAGGUGCGGGAUGCACGGAUACCAUGGACGACGACACAUCCAGAUGUGCCAGAAUGGGCCAAGCCGCGGCCACGCGUGAUCGUCCUGAGCAAGGCAGACUUGGUGCCACCGGCAGCACUUCAGGAGACAAUCCGCUAUAUACAAGACAGCGACCGCGACCGCGGCACGCCUGUCGUGGGAGUCGACGGCCUGCUGGGCACCUUCGGUAUUGAGGAGUUGAGAGAGGAGCUGCUGAAGGCCGGUGCCCACGUCAACAGGAGGCGCAAGCGACAGGGAGUCAAUCCGAGAGCCAUUCGAACUAUGAUGAUUGGUUUCCCCAACGUUGGCAAGUCUUCGAUCAUCAACCGCUUGACUGGUCGCAAAGUUGCAGCGCGGGAUGGCCGGCCUGGCUUGACCAAACGUCUCACGUGGCACAAGAUCGGUGGCUUCAGGAACACAGAGUUGGAGUUCCUGGAUGCGCCUGGCUUCAUCCCGGUUGGUUUCGGCCGUCGCUUCAGCAAGGAGCAGCAAGAGCUCCUUUGCAUGUGCCGAGUCUUCGGGGAGAAGCACGUGGACCGGCAGCAGACUGGCCAAGAUCUGGUGUUUCGCUUGGGCAAGUUGUGGAAAGAGAGCCCGCACAUGGUGGAUAGGACUGUCUGGCGAGAAACAAGGAGAAUCUACAAGGUGGAUUUUCAGGCAGCACUGAGGCUGGAGGGGCCGAUCUUGCCCAACUUUGUGCCGGCACCAGCCCUAGCGGCACAGGCCCUGGCGAACAGGAGGCGCACACGCUCCUUGGAGCUCCACGUCCAUGCAGAUUCUGCCAGGCGGGCGGUUCUCCUCGUGUGGUUCGUGGUGCUUUGCCGCCACUGGGAGCUCCAGGACGGGCCGGCAGCGAACCGGAGGUUAGCCAGGGCAGGCGCAGACAAGGGCGACCGCUCCCUAUCCCCGCGAGCUGUGAUGCCCGAGGAGAUUGCCGUGGACCGGGAGCAGUCGCGGGGGUCCAUGAGCCCAGGGCUAUGGAAGGCGCCGGGGCAGUCGAGGCCUGGCUAUGCCCCACAGGCACGGGGGGAUCGGAGAUCGGGCCGGCGUACGCUUGGCGCAAAGACGGGGCUUGUGCAGGCACAGCCUCCGGCUGGCUAUGCCGGAUACGGCUAUGGUGGUGUGACUGCUCAGGCUGGAUAUACCCCGUCCACUUCGUCAGGCAGGUCCGAGAGAAUAAUUGUCACCGGCUGCAAGCACGAGACGGUGGGAGAUAUUGUGCGGGGUGAGUUCAACCUCCACAGUGACAACCACGGGAAGCCAGUCUACAAGAAGAACGGGCAGGUGAACGGCAUGGACAUCAUGCUCUACUUCUGGGAUGACCGAGAUGGCCCCGACUUCUGUGGCUGGUGGUUUGGUCCAAAGGUUGGUGGAGAUCAAGUUUGGGCUUACCACCCAGAGAAAGCGCCUACACCUCCAUUGAGUGGGUGGAAGGUGCCGUAUGAUGGCCCCGUCGACAACACCUUUAUUCUGCAGCCUGCUUCAGGAUAUGCAAAGUCCCAAACUGCGGCUGCGCAAUAUCAACCCGUCCAUCCUGGUGUGCCUCAGCCAAUGUACUCUUACGGCCCACCAGCGUACGGUCUGCCUCCAGCCUACGGGUACGGAGUGCCUGGUGCGUAUGACGCGCAGGCAUCGCAGAAGGAAGACCGUAAAAGGGACGAGGACAGUAAUAGACGCGACAAUAAGAAAAAGAAAGAAGAGGAUGCCAAGCAGAGGAAGAAGAAUGCUGAGGAGGACAGAAAAAAUGCUGCCAAGAGGAAAGAGGAGGAGGCAGCAAAGAAGAAGGAAAAUGAGCAAAAGCAAAAGGAAGAGGCAGCAAAGCAGAAAAAGGAUUUGGAGGAGAAGCGGAGACAGGAGCAGAGAUCAACCUUGGCCAUCAGAAGGGUGAUCCAGAAGGUCAGGUUGGCCUCCCCCGAGACCUUCGCAGAAGUUCAAAAAGAGCUUCAGGAGAUCCUCGCGGUCGAGCUUCCAAACACUGGCAGCCAAAAGGAAAGGAUAAAAGAGGAGAGCGAGAAAGGCCUGGAGCAGGCCACGAAGAGACUAGGCAGCAUCAAGGAGCAGCGGCAGAAGGAGAUGGAUAAGAAGGAGGCAGAGGAGAAGAAGCGCCUUGAGCAGCAGGUGAAGACAGAUGAGCUGCUGAAGGAGCUCAGCGACCUCGUUGAGCUUGCAGAAGCUUCAGUCGAAAGACUCAAGGGGCUUUCUGCUCCGCUGUCUGACAAGAUUGAAGACAGCGUGAAAGAAGUCGAGGCUUGUGCCCUGGCUGUUGAAGAGGCCGGCACAGAUGCCAAAGGCGCUACCAAGGCGUGCACCGACUUCAUUUUGGUGAAAGGAAACGACAUCAAGGAUCCAACUCCCAGUCCUCUAGCUCCUGGAAUCCAGGCUCCUGGAACCUCGGAAACAAAGCAGGUUUUGGGAAAGCUGCUGCAGCGCAUCAACGAGUGUGGCAAGACUGCAGACGCUUUGAUCCAAGCUGCAAGAGGUGCCAAGGAGCAGGCAGUGCGUUGCGCAGCUGCCCGGCAGAAGACUAAAGAAAUGGAGGCAGUGUUUGCAAAGUUCGACCGAGACAAAGACCAGGUUCUCAGUCAAAUGGAGGUUGUGGCCUAUGCCAGAAAUGUCAUGUCCGUGAAUGUGGACAAGGUUUUGCUGGAAAAGAUUUGGAGAUGCACAGUCGACGAAGAUGAGAAGGGCAUCAGCCCAGACAAGAUGUAUUUGCUUAAUUCUGCUCUGGGAGUUGCACGUGAGAUGCAGCGCAAUGAGCGGAGAAGAACUGCAAGAAUAGCGAAGGAAAGAGUCCUUGCAGGCUUGCGAGAGAGACUGAGGAGCAAGGUGCGCGAGGUUGAGAAAGUCUAUUCCGACUUUGACAGGGAGAUGCAGGCAGCAGAAGAUGCCGUCCGCCCUUUGGCCGCCAAGGCAAAGAAAUCCUCUGUCUCCGAGAUGGACAGGGAUGCCUCGCACUGCGAUGACCUCCUCAAGGCCAGCUCAAAGGCCGCUGAUAAAGUCAGACAGCGAAUCAAGACUAUUCCGCUUGGCUUCGACAAGAAGUACGAAGAAGAUAUGAAGGAGUUCUUCAGAUCCGAGGCCAAGCUGUUGGAGCUGCAGAUGGGCCGCGCGGAUCUGCGUUUGCAGCGAGCCGCCAACUUGAGCAGACGCCACAGGGAGCAGGCUUGGCGCAAAGAAGCUCAAGAGGUUGAGAUGGUUCGCGCGUUUGCCAUGAAGGUGAUCCGCCAUUAUGCCCGUGUCAACACGCUCAGCAAUGAGGACUUGUUCCGCCACCUUGAUGCGGAUGGUGAUGGUGGCAUUGACGAAGAGGAGUUUGUCUCUUUCUUCUCCACGGUCGACAAGGACAUCAAGGAGGAGGAGUUCGAGCCAGAAGACGCACAGAAUGAGCAGGUUGAGAUGGAGGCCAACCCGUUAGAGGAAAUGUUGGUCGAUACCUUGGAAGAGCCUCUUCCUUCAGAUGCUGAUGAGGAGACGGUCAUCAGGCAGCAGUCUUUGGCUGCCAUCAUGUUGCAAGCCACGCCGAAGCCAAAGCCAAAACCGAAGAAAGUGGUGAAAGCUGAACUGUCCCCAGAAGAGCUCAAGAGUCUCUUCAGCAGCGUCCUGGACCCGGACGCCGUGAAGAUAUCUCCAGAGGCCUUCUUUCGACUUGUGAAGGUGUACUACAAGGUAGUCAAGGAGACUCCAAUGACCGAAAAGUUGGAGGUCAACGGCAGCCAGACGGUUCAUCAGCUCAAGGUUGGUGAGAUCGUGGAGAUGCUGGAGGGGCCUGAAAAGGAGGUCUCCAUGAAGGUUUUCCGUGCCAGGGGCAAGGUGAUUGGAGAAGACAAGGAAGGCUGGGUCACCGUCGCCGGCAAUCAAGGCACCAUUUUUCUGCAAGAAGGUGGCCAUCUGUGGAAGGUCCUCAGACAGACCGAGCUUUUUGAGUCCUUCGAGGAUGUCCCGCCAAAGGCAGGCGUCAGGAAGCUCAAGGAGGCGGAGGUUGUGGAGGUCCUUUCUUGGCCACAGAAGCACGAGGAGUCGGGCCUCACAAGACUGAAGGUAAAGGCAAAGCUUGAUGGCGCUAUUGGGUGGAUAUCACAAAGCAAGGAUGGUGUUUCCUUUGUGGAUCCACUCUGA